AUGUUGUCACAUAAAAGCUCUGAAUUUUCAUUUUGUAGCUACAUUUUCAGUGUACGAUUAAAACGUGUAUUUUAUUUUACCAGAAAAAAAAAUCAAACUGUCGAGCGGAAACGACUUUGGGUGUCUACGUCACUGUUCGAAUCUGACAGCAUCUGCGACCAUUUUACUCAGUGGUGUCUCGUGCUGUUACGGUAAAGGAAUUAAGAAAAACAAAUCGUGAAAAAGAACUCAUCUGGAAAUGGACGGUGAUGUGGCAGUUGGCGUUAAGAGAGGCUCAGACGAACUGAACCUCUACAGCAGCAGCCCCAACUCUGUUACAGCCAACGGCGGCGACAGCAAGAAGCUGAGGGUGGAGGAGCGAGCCGAGAGCCCCCCUUCCCGCGUGCUCCACAUCCGCAAGCUCCCCAGCGAGGUGUCGGAGACCGAGGUCAUCGCCCUGGGCCUGCCCUUCGGCAAGGUCACCAACAUCCUGAUGCUGAAGGGGAAGAACCAGGCCUUCCUGGAGCUGGGCACCGAGGAGGCCGCCGUUACCAUGGUGAACUACUACACGGCCGUCACGCCUCAGGUGCGGAACGUUCCCGUGUUCAUCCAGUUCUCCAACCACAAGGAGCUGAAGACCGACAGCGCCCUCAACCAGAGAGCUCAGGCGGUGCUGCAGGCGGUGUCGGCGGUGCAGGAGGGGGGCUCCCCUAGCUCUGACCCCGGGGCCCUGGACAGCCUGGCCCCAGCCCCCAGUCCUGUCCUCAGGAUCAUCAUAGACAACAUGUUCUACCCUGUCACCCUGGACGUGCUGCAGCAGAUUUUCUCCAAGUUCGGCACAGUGAUGAAGAUCAUCACCUUCACCAAGAACAACCAGUUCCAGGCAUUGCUGCAGUUCAGCGAGCCUGUCAAUGCCCAACAGGCCAAGCUGUCUCUAGACGGUCAGAACAUCUAUAACUCCUGCUGCACCCUGCGUAUUGACUUCUCUAAGCUGGUCAACCUGAACGUGAAGUACAACAACGAUAAGAGUCGUGACUACACACGGCCAGAGCUGCCCGCGGGAGACGGCCAGCCUCCCGUCGACCCCAACAUGGCUGGCCUCGGCAAGGACUCCUCCUCCCUGCUGGGCACUCCCUCCGGCAUGGUGGGCCCCUACUCUGGAGGUGGAGCCUAUGGAUCCUCUCUCUCUCUCUCCCAGGGCGGAGGUACCAUCAGUCCCCUGAGUGCGGCAGCAGCAGCGGCAGCAGCAGCAGGCAGGGUUGCUCUGUCUGGACACUCUGGAGUCAGCGGAGUCCUGCUGGCCAGCAACCUCAACGAGGAGAUGAUCACGCCCCACAGUCUCUUUACUCUCUUUGGGGUGUACGGUGAUGUGCAGCGCGUGAAGAUCCUCUACAACAAGAAGGACAGCGCUCUCAUCCAGUUAGCUGAUGGGAAUCAGGCCCAGCUAGCUAUGAGCCACCUGAACGGUCAGAAGAUGUACGGUAAGAUCAUCCGUGUGGCGCUGUCCAAGCACCAGACGGUGGCUCUCCCCCGGGACGGGCUGGAUGACCAGGGCCUCACCAAGGACUUCAGCAACUCCCCCUUGCACCGCUUCAAGAAGCCCGGCUCCAAGAACUUCCAGAACAUCUUCCCCCCCUCCUCCACGCUCCACCUCUCCAACAUCCCGGAGGACGUGACAGAAGAAGACAUCAGCCUGCUGUUCUCCAACGCUGGAGGCACGGUGAAGGCGUUCAAGUUCUUCCAGGACCACAAGAUGGCGCUGCUUCAGAUGAGCACGGUGGAGGAGGCCAUCCAGGGGCUUAUCGAUCUCCACAACUACGACAUGGGAUCCAACCACCACCUCAAGGUCUCCUUCUCCAAGUCCACCAUCUAGAUGAGGGGGAGGAGCCACACAACAGACUCCUCGCCUAACCCCGCCCCUUGUCCCACAGCCACGCCCACUUGGAUUGGCCUCACCCCUAGUAGUCACCGUCUCCAUGGAAACCAUGGAGAGUCCCAUAUGCUAGGAGAAACCAGGGCAUCCAGUCGUUCCUUUUUUAGACGAUUGAUAAUUUGACUAUUGUUGUUGUUGUUAGUGUAGUGUAUUGAUAUUAAAGCUCCGCUUAGGAUAUGAAGAAGGAAUUAACAAGUCUGUCCUCUUAUGACUGCCUCUAAUACCCAAGACCCCGUCCCCAUCUGUGUGUUCUAGACAGGCUCCGCCCCCUCCUGUGUGUUCUAGACAGGCUCCGCCCCCUCCUGUGUGUUCUAGACAGGCUCCGCCCCCUCUGUGUGUUCUAGACAGGCUCCGCCCCCUCUGUGUUUGUAUAGAAGAGGAGUUUCUUUAUUUUGAUUAGAUUGAAUCAGCAAACAUGUGCCUUACUCUGAAAAAUAUUAUCAAUACUCCACUUGCGUUUUUCUCCCCAGAGAUAUAGGGUUAGGCACAUUCUGAUUGUUGUUUUUCCCCCAUUAUCUUCUAUUUUGUACAGAACCCCCCCCCCCCCCCCCCCCCCCCCCGUUUUGGUUUCAAGUUUAUUUGCAUAUAGUUGUUAACUCGUAGACACACACACACAGUUUAAGCUAGAAUUUUUGGGGGGCUUUUGAUGUUUUGACCAGUACCAGGAAGUCGUUUUAACCGCCCCCCCUCCCCCAAAACCUCUUGGGGUUGUCAUGGAUACGUUGGUCAAGAGGACCACAUAUCCCCCUCUCCUCGUUUCUAUUGCAUGAAGAUGAACUGAUACGUACAGCAUGUGACGCUGAUGAUGAUGAAGGUGAAGGUGAUGAUGAUGAAGGUGAUGACGGUGAUGGUGUUUUUGUGAUUGUAGAAGAGAAACUGAUUCUUCUUGGGACCAAAGUUGAUGUGCCUUUCAUCGUCCUUUACUGCUGUGGGUGUUAAACCCGCUCUCCUCUGUUCUGUUAAAACAUGUUUCAGUAUCAAGCCAUGUGUGAAGGAAGAAACCUCAUGAGCUGAACAAUCUUCUGUGAUGUUGAUGCUUUUACAAAAGGAAAAGGGGAAAAUGUAAAAAAACAAAUGUUUUUGUGCACAUUUUUUAUGCAUCUUCAGUUAAAAGUUGUUGCCACGUUUGAGAAAAAAAAAAAAGAUUUAAAAGUUUGAUUUAGUUUUGAUUGGACUGUGUUGGAAUGAUGUUCUAUUUGAGUUUCAGUUUCUUCAUAUGAGUUGUGAUCCUGCUCAGUGUGGAUCGGAGAAGGCUCAAUUAAACGUCCCUUUGCUACACACUGAA